GUAGACUCUGGCUAUGUAGCCUUGACUAACUGGGAAAAGACAUAGAUAUACCCAAAUAAAUUGACCCAAAUCGACAGGAAUGGUGGUUGUGCAGGGAAUGUACGAAGUCACGGAACUGGCGGCUGGCAGCGUGGGAUGCGUGGGUCUCUACGUGGCCGGAUGCAAUGCGCUGCCCAUGGAGAAUGUUCCCGAUCUUCCGGCGGCGCUGUUCGUCCUGUCGACCGUGCUUAUUCUGCAUCAUCUACGGGUUAUGAACUGCGCACCGCUGCAGGAGAUGUGGCUUCUGCUCCUGGAACUAUUAGGCUUAUAUGUGUGCACCCAGGUCGCGGUGCUCGUGUGGCAUCAGUUCCACAACCUAAUGAAUGUGCUUCGGGAUAUAGCACUUAAUACUCGUGUGGCCUUGUAUCUUUUGGAAGGCUAUCCAAAAGUAUUUAUGUUUAUGCGCCAGGAUGUCUGCUAUUUUGGGAAGCUUAUCAUGUCCUUGGCGUGCACCUACAAGGCGGUAACGGUCACUCAUGCCUUGGACUAUGCCUUACCACAUCGCCGGACCUACAGGUACUACGAGAACAAAUCCACAGAUGAGAAUUUCGGCGAUGGUCCGCGGCGCUCCUCCCGAAAAACAAACAGGAGAUCAUCAGUCCAAAGGAGUUCCUUGCGUCGCUCAAAAGCAUAGGAGCUGUUGGAAAAUCUGGAUUAAUCAAAUCGCCCAACACAAUCACCGUUUUUGUAUGCUUCAGGCCAUCGAACGCGCCCAUAAAACACAAGUAAUAAAUUAUCAAGGUAAACGUCGGCCCGGGUGCAUUGCACCAAAAUCGAAGGUGCUGCUCAAGAGCAGCUAACGCUUUACUAGAAAUUUGCAUGCUUGAAAGAGC